AUGUCUCCAAAUAACGCACACAAGCGACAGAAGCUUGGUCUCAAAGAUUUCUCAGAUUCAAAGAUCCUAUCUGACAUCACGAUUCGAUACGGACCUAUAGGAGAGCGUAUAUUCGAAGCCCACAGGAUAGUGCUAAGUUCGAAGUCAUACUGGUUCAAGGCAGCCUUCACUGGAGGAUUCGCAGAGAGUUCCGCCAGGGAUAUCACCCUGAAAGAAGACGACCCCGAUGCUCUCAAGACUAUGCGUGAGUUCGCAUACGAUGAGGAUUCCCUCCAUCCCGACGAGUUGGCAAAAGGUACUCCCAUCGGUAUCCGUCAUGCCUUGGGGCUGUACCGCGUCGGUGACAAGUACGACUUCCCAAGAUUCCGAGACUGUACCAUCUCUUGUUUCAAGCUUCGCUUGGAGCACUGGCUCAGUCAACCUUCGCUUGGGGACGACGCUGCGCACAAAGACUUUUGCGAUAUCGUUAGAGAGGUCUAUGACAUUGUUGGUCCAGACAACCAUACGCGUCAGAAGCUAGUGGUGGCUUUGCUGGAAACGAUAGACGAUGUGGACUCCACGCGCAUUCUCAACAACACGGGGGGUAAGCAACGUUCGGUAGUAGAGGCGGCCCAAGAAGUAGCACCAUUUGGACGAGACAGUUUCCUGCACUUGAUGGCCAAGACCGGAAGUUCAGCAGUCAACGAGUUCGGCUUGCGCGGUCUUGCCUCGGCAGCGGAGAUCUCCGGCACUACCGGUAGGCCACCCUGA